AUGGACAAAAGCUUUCACUCAGGCUGGAAUGUCUGUAAUGCUGGGAAAAACGUCUAUGUUUCUCUCUCCUUGUAUUUCAAUCCAUUUGUAUUUCUCUUUGUGUCUCAGUCUAAUCCUUUGUCCCUAUUUUGGUCUAUGUUUGUCUCUCUCUCUGUAUUUCAAUCCAUUUGUAUUUCUUUGUAUCUCAGUCUAAUCAUUUGUCUCUAUUUUGGUCUAUGUUUCUCUUUUUGCAUUUCAAUCCAUUUGUAUCUCUCUGUGUCUCAGUCUAAUCCUUUGUCCCUAUUUUGGUCUAUGUUUGUCUCUCUCUCUGUAUUUCAAUCCAUUUGUAUUUCUUUGUAUCUCAGUCUAAUCAUUUGUCUCUAUUUUGGUCUAUGUUUCUCUUUUUUGCAUUUCAAUCCAUUUGUAUCUCUCUCUGUGUCUCAGUCUAAUCCUUUGUCCCUAUUUUUGGUCUAUGUUUGUCUCUCUCUUCUAAUCAUUUGUCUCUAUUUUGGUCUAUGUUUCUCUUUUUGCAUUUCAAUCCAUUUGUAUCUCUCUGUGUCUCAGUCUAAUCCUUUGUCCCUAUUUUGGUCUAUGUUUGUCUCUCUCUCUGUAUUUCAAUCCAUUUGUAUUUCUUUGUAUCUCAGUCUAAUCAUUUGUCUCUAUUUUGGUCUAUGUUUCUCUUUUUCAUUUCAAUCCAUUUGUAUCUCUCUGUGUCUCAGUCUAAUCCUUUGUCCCUAUUUUGGUCUAUGUUUGUCUCUCUCUCUGUAUUUCAAUCCAUUUGUAUUUCUCUCUGUGUCUCAGUCUAAUCAUUUGUCUCUAUUUUGGUCUAUGUUUCUCUUUUUGCAUUUCAAUCCAUUUGUAUCUCUCUGUGUCUCAUCUAAUCCUUUGUCGAUUUUUUGGUCUAUGUUUGUCUCUCUCUCUGUAUUUCAAUCCAUUUGUAUUUCUUUGUAUCUCAGUCUAAUCAUUUGUCUCUAUUUUGGUCUAUGUUUCUCUUUUUGCAUUUCAAUCCAUUUGUAUCUCUCUGUGUCUCAGUCUAAUCCUUUGUCCCUAUUUUGUCUAAUCCUUUGUCCCUAUUUUGGUCUAUGUUUGUCUCUCUCUCUGUAUUUCAAUCCAUUUGUAUUUCUCUCUGUGUCUCAGUCUAAUCAUUUGUCUCUAUUUUUUGGUCUAUGUUUCUCUUUUGCAUUUCAAUCCAUUUGUAUCUCUCUGUGUCUCAGUCUAAUCCUUUGUCCCUAUUUUGGUCUAUGUUUGUCUCUCUCUCUUCUAAUCAUUUGUCUCUAUUUUGGUCUAUGUUUCUCUUUUUGCAUUUCAAUCCAUUUGUAUCUCUCUGUGUCUCAGUCUAAUCCUUUGUCCCUAUUUUGGUCUAUGUUUGUCUCUCUCUCUGUAUUUCAAUCCAUUUGUAUUUCUUUGUAUCUCAGUCUAAUCAUUUGUCUCUAUUUUGGUCUAUGUUUCUCUUUUUGCAUUUCAAUCCAUUUGUAUCUCUCUGUGUCUCAGUCUAAUCUUUUGUCCCUAUUUUGGUCUAUGUUUGUCUCUCUCUCUGUAUUUCAAUCCAUUUGUAUUUCUCUCUGUGUCUCAUCUAAUCCUUUGUCCCUAUUUUGGUCUAUGUUUGUCUCUCUCUCUGUAUUUCAAUCCAUUUGUAUUUCUUUGUAUCUCAGUCUAAUCAUUUGUCUCUAUUUUGGUCUAUGUUUCUCUUUUGCAUUUCAAUCCAUUUGUAUCUCUCUGUGUCUCAGUCUAAUCCUUUGUCCCUAUUUUUGGUCUAUGUUUUGUCUCUCUCUCUGUAUUUCAAUCCAUUUGUAUUUCUUUGUAUCUCAUCUAAUCUUUUGUCCCUAUUUUGGUCUAUGUUUUCUCUCUCUCUGUAUUUCAAUCCAUUUGUAUUUCUUUGUAUCUCAGUCUAAUCAUUUGUCUCUAUUUUGGUCUAUGUUUUUCUUUUUUUCAUUUCAAUCCAUUUGUAUCUCUCUGUGUCUCAGUCUAAUCCUUUGUCCCUAUUUUGGUCUAUGUUUGUCUCUCUCUCUGUAUUUCAAUCCAUUUGUAUUUCUCUCUGUGUCUCAGUCUAAUCAUUUGUCUCUAUUUUUUGGUCUAUGUUUCUCUUUUUGCAUUUUCAAUCCAUUUGUAUCUCUCUGUGUCUCAUCUAAUCAUUUGUCUCUAUUUUGGUCUAUGUUUCUCUUUUUUGCAUUUCAAUCCAUUUGUAUCUCUCUGUGUCUCAGUCUAAUCCUUUGUCCCUAUUUUGGUCUAUGUUUGUCUCUCUCUCUGUAUUUCAAUCCAUUUGUAUUUCUCUCUGUGUCUCAGUCUAAUCAUUUGUCUCUAUUUUGUCUAAUCAUUUGUCUCUAUUUUGGUCUAUGUUUCUCUUUUUGCAUUUCAAUCCAUUUGUAUCUCUCUGUGUCUCAGUCUAAUCCUUUUGUCCCUAUUUUUGGUCUAUGUUUGUCUCUCUCUCUCUCUGUAUUUUCAAUCCAUUUGUAUUUCUCUCUUCUAAUCCUUUGUCCCUAUUUUGGUCUAUGUUUCUCUCUCUCUGUAUUUCAAUCCAUUUUAUUUCUCUCUGUGUCUCAGUCUAAUCAUUUGUCUCUAUUUUUGGUCUAUGUUUCUCUUUUUGCAUUUCAAUCCAUUUGUAUCUCUCUGUGUCUCAGUCUAAUCCUUUGUCCCUAUUUUGGUCUAUGUUUGUCUCUCUCUCUGUAUUUCAAUCCAUUUGUAUUUCUCUCUGUGUCUCAGUCUAAUCAUUUGUCUCUCUAUUUUGGUCUAUGUUUCUCUUUUGCAUUUCAAUCCAUUUGUAUCUCUCUGUGUCUCAGUCUAAUCCUUUGUCCCUAUUUUGGUCUAUGUUUGUCUCUCUCUGUAUUUCAAUCCAUUUUGUAUUUUCAAUCAUUUAAUCAUUUCUCUAUUUGUAUCUAUGUUUCUCUUUCUAAUCAUUUGUCUCUAUUUUGGUCUAUGUUUGUCUCUUUCUCUGUAUUUUUCCAUUUGUAUUUCCAUUUGUAUUUCUCUCUAUUUUGUCUCUCUUUUCAUUUAAUCCUUUGUCCUCUGUGUCGAUUUCCUUUGGUCUAUGUUUGUCUCUCUCUCUGUAUUUCAAUCCAUUUGUAUUUCUCUCUGUGUCUCAGUCUAAUCAUUUGUCUCUAUUUUGGUCUAUGUUUCUCUUUUUGCAUUUCAAUCCAUUUGUAUCUCUCUGUGUCUCAGUCUAAUCCUUUGUCCCUAUUUUGGUCUAUGUUUGUCUCUCUCUCUGUCUUUUGCAUUUCAAUCCAUUUUGUAUUUCUCUUUCUUCUUUAUCUCAGUCCAAUCAUUUGUCUCAUUUAUCCCUAUUUUUGGUCUAUGUUUCUCAAUUUUUGCAUUUCAAUCCAUUUGUAUCUCUCUGUGUCUCAGUCUAAUCCUUUUGUCCCUAUUUUGGUCUUUUUGUUUGUCUCUCUCUCUGUAUUUCAAUCCAUUUGUAUUUCUCUCUGUGUCUCAUCUAAUCCUUUGUCCCUAUUUUUGGUCUAUGUUUGUCUCUCUCUCUGUAUUUCAAUCCAUUUGUAUUUCUCUCUGUGUCUCAGUCUAAUCAUUUGUCUCUAUUUUGGUCUAUUUUUCUCUUUUUGCAUUUCAAUCCAUUUGUAUCUCUCUGUGUCUCAGUCUAAUCCUUUCUCCCUAUUUUUGGUCUAUGUUUGUCUCUCUCUGUAUUUCAAUUCAUUUGUAUUUUCUUUGUAUCUCAGUCUAAUCAUUUGUCUCUAUUUUGGUCUAUGUUUCUCUUUUUGCAUUUCAAUCCAUUUGUAUCUCUCUGUGUCUCAGUCUAAUCCUUUGUCCCUUUUUUUGGUCUAUGUUUGUCUCUCUCUCUGUAUUUCAAUCCAUUUGUAUUUCUCUCUGUGUCUCAGUCUAAUCAUUUGUCUCUAUUUUGGUCUAUGUUUCUCUUUUUGCAUUUCAAUCCAUUUGUAUCUCUCUGUGUCUCAGUCUAAUCCUUUGUCCCUAUUUUGGUCUAUGUUUGUCUCUCUCUCUGUAUUUCAAUCCAUUUGUAUUUCUCUCUGUGUCUCAUCUAAUCCUUUGUCCCGAUUUUGGUCUAUGUUUGUCUCUCUCUCUGUAUUUUCAAUCCAUUUGUAUUUCUCUCUGUGUCUCAGUCUAAUCAUUUUGUCUCUAUUUUGGUCUAUGUUUCUCUUUUGCAUUUCAAUCCAUUUGUAUCUCUCUGUGUCUCAGUCUAAUCCUUUGUCCCUAUUUUGGUCUAUGUUUGUCUCUCUCUCUUCUAAUCAUUUGUCUCUAUUUUUUUGGUCUAUGUUUCUCUUUUUUGCAUUUCAAUCCAUUUGUAUCUCUCUGUGUCUCAGUCUAAUCCUUUGUCCCUAUUUUGGUCUAUGUUUUUCUCUCUCUCUGUAUUUCAAUCCAUUUGUAUUUCUCUCUGUGUCUCAGUCUAAUCAUUUGUCUCUAUUUUGGUCUAUGUUUCUCUUUUUUGCAUUUCAAUCCAUUUGUAUCUCUCUGUGUCUCAGUCUAAUCCUUUGUCCCUAUUUUGGUCUAUGUUUGUCUCUCUCUCUGUAUUUCAAUCCAUUUGUAUUUCUUUGUAUCUCAUCUAAUCCUUUGUCCCGAUUUUGGUCUAUGUUUGUCUCUCUCUCUGUAUUUUCAAUCCAUUUGUAUUUCUCUCUGUGUCUCAGUCUAAUCAUUUGUCUCUAUUUUGGUCUAUGUUUCUCUUUUUUUUUUGCAUUUCAAUCCAUUUGUAUCUCUCUGUGUCUCAGUCUAAUCCUUUGUCCCUAUUUUUUGGUCUGUUUGUCUCUCUCUCUGUAUUUCAAUCCAUUUGUAUUUCUCUUUGUAUCUCAGUCUAAUCAUUUGUCUCUAUUUUGGUCUAUGUUUCUCUUUUUCAUUUCAAUCCAUUUGUAUCUCUCUGUGUCUCAGUCUAAUCCUUUGUCCCUAUUUUGGUCUAUGUUUGUCUCUCUCUCUGUAUUUCAAUCCAUUUGUAUUUCUCUUGUAUCUCAGUCUAAUCAUUUUGUCUCUAUUUUUUGGUCUAUGUUUCUCUUUUUGCAUUUCAAUCCAUUUGUAUCUCUCUGUGUCUCAGUCUAA